AUGCAUGACUCCUCCUUAGAGUUCGCUCGCUUCUACUCCCACUCCCAGGGAGACCGUCUUCAACGUUGUGUGGAGCAACGAGUCAUCUACAGGUCAAAGCCCAGCGUCAUCUUCUUCUCCUACGAGCCUCUGUCUGCUCUUCUUGCCUGGCCUCCAGCGCAGGUGGCACUCGCACUCUUGAGCGGAGCAUGGAUAGCGCUUUGCGCGGUCAAGAUGCGCUGGGUGCAGGAGGCAGGCUACUUCUCGCUUGUGAUAGGAGGGAAGCGGGUGCGGGAGUACUCCACCGAGGCGUAUGCCAGGAGCCAGUUUCUUGCUUGCUCAUGGGAGAUGCCUCUCGAGAUCGCCACCAACUUCAUAUCCGGGGUGAUCUGUGUAGUCGUGGUUUUGCUUGCGUCGAGGCGUCAGAUUGAAGUUGCCAAGCUGGUGGUCAUAGCCUACGGUGUACUCGACGCGAUCCUCAACCUCCUCAUCUUCGUGAGGAUGAUGAGUCAAGGCGCCGGCCGGACCGGGCUCAACACCCCGAGCUACAGCUUCAUCGUCUUCGUCCUGACGGUCAGUGGGCGGGGGGACGCAUGGGAGGGCGGGCGGGCUGAGAGCUCAGUGCAGGACCUCCUUGUCUUCCCUGUGCCGGUAGCCUACAUCGAGCCUUACGCCGUCGAGCUCGUCGCGCUGUCGGGCGCCAUCAGAACUGGGACGGGGCUCGCCGCGGGAGGGUGGCGGUACCCGAGUGUUGGGAUGCUUGGGGCCGGGGCGGCUUUCCUCUUGAUGCGAGAGCGGCUGCGGCUGCAGGCACUGCAGGAGGCCCGGAAGGAGGCUGCUUGCGGGUUGGAGGAGCGAUGGGAGGAGAUGCGGACAAGCUCGGCGAUAGAAACCUUGAGCCGCGUGGUGAAGCGAGCUACGGCGUAUGCAGAGCUGGAUGGCAGGUGCCGGGAGCCGAUAGUGGUCGUAAGCACCGAGGACUCAAGCCAGAGCCCAGAGGAGAUAGAGGCGGAGGAGCCGCGCUCUGCUACAGGGCGGCAGACACACCAGGCAUGUGCGGCGUCCCUGGACCAGCUCUACGCGCAGGCGGUCCUCCUCGACCCCAUCUUCCUCCUCAAGGUCCAGUCGCUCGCCGAGACCGUCGACGGCUACUUGCCAGCAUGGGAGGGUAGAGAGGGGCCCUCGUACGUGCGCUGGCGGGAGGCGGUAGCAGAUAGAUCGAUGGAGAGGCGGGUGAGGUGGGCGAGCAUCAAGAGCGCGUCGAGGGCCAUCGAGAAGGUCCAGCUGCUAUGCCACGGCAGACUCUCAGACCUCACGGACGUGGUGCGGCAGAGCCUUGUGUUCACGGGGGUAGAGGAGCUGACGGAGGGCGUGAGGGCAGUGCUGGAGGACCCGGAGCUGGAGGUGGUGAGGAUCAAGAACAGGCUGGACGAGGCGUACGACUCGAGGCUGUCGGGGGGGUAUCGGGACGUGGCGAUCAACGUGCGGGUGGUGAACGAGGAGACGAGGAGGAAGGGGGUAGAGGGGCACGUGUGCGAGCUCAGGCUUGCAGUCAUGCCCAUGCACCAGCUGGUGUAUUCGACCUCAUCAUUGAGGUACCAGAGCUAUAAGCAGAUUCUUUCAUUCCGCAGGGACUGCUUCAAGCCUUGGCAAGUGCUGGGGAUGCUUGCAAGACAGCUGAGCCUGGGCUUGCUUGUUCCUGCUAGCCUGCGCAGCGGCGGAGCUUCGAUGUCGCCGAGCGACUUUACCUCCUCCCUAUCCUCGUGCAAGGACGAGGAGGGAGACAGGUCUGAAGUCACGCUCGCGAGAGUCAGAAGCCAUCAUCGAGGAAACGUGCUUGACGAGCACCUUGAGAGAGCAGCGCACGGCCUUGACGAAGUAGCGACUUCCACCAUCAUGUUCUCGUCCACCCCUCUCACCAACGCUGUGAACAAGCAUUUCUUCCAGGCCAUUCUCUUCAUGGUAGGUGUCGCCUACGGCUACUUCGUGUUUGCUGGGGCGAAAGCGCACGCCACCUUCACAAACGGCGCCAUGAGCUCGACCCUGUAUCGCCUGGAGCUGAGGCGGGUUCGAGACCGAUCAGUGGGUGCGCGAGCAGAGCUGUACAAGAGCUCUUUCGCGCUGGUCAGAGACGCCUGCUCGCGCUUCCAUCCCUCAUCAGUGUCCGUGGACAAUGCUUCCCUCUACUUCACCUUCAAUGAGUCCGUCGUGGUCAACGGCUGGCAGCUAGAGAUCGCUGCAGAUCCGGAGCAGGCGCAGUACGACCCUCAGGAGCUCGUGCUGGAGCGAUGGGAGCAAGCGACCAAGGCAGGGAACGCGUCAUGGGUGGAAGUCUCCUCCUUCUCAUGCAGCGACUGGCCGGGGCUGCAGCUUUGCGACGCCUCUCCAGAGCUGGCCAGGGGCACGAGCAUCCGUUUCGAGCUGAGGCAGACAUGGCGGAGUACCUUGCGAUACGUAAACUACGUCUUGCCAAGUUCUUUCUGCUUCCUGGCGGUAUUUUUUGCUCUUAUGCGCAACUCAUUCGUCGCAAAGACUUUCGCUGCUUCCUGCUUUCAUGUUGUCGGCUUGAUGGAGCUGGCCACGUCGAUGCCUCUGAGCUUGCGAGACCCCUUGAGCGCCCAUGACUUCUUGUUUGGCAUCGCAGACCUCAGUUACGGCCUCAUCCUGCAGUUCCGGGAGAAGUACACACUGCACGUGCUGCCCGUUUACAUUAUUUUCAUAAGCAUUGGAGCAACAGCCGUUGACAUGGACUGGUUCCGCAGCUCCAAGUCCUUCAGCAUGGACUACAUUCCCUUUACAGCAUAUGUGCUGCUCUCCGUGUGGCUCUACUUCCAGGUAUCACGGAAGCUUCAGUUUCGCAGGGCCAUGAGCUACGUCAAGGAGGAGCAGGUCAAGUACGACCAGUGCUGGGCCCUGCUGCUCGAGCAGGAUGACAGUAAGCCGCAGCUGACCAGGCUCGCCGACAUCUGCAGCCUCCAUCCUGCUGGAAGAGCCGAGCAGUGGAGCUCUCGAGACGUCGACUGCGAGAACAGCAAGCCCAGCAUCUUCGACCUUUCCCUCCUGUGCGUGCCCUCAUGGACUGGACCGGGCAAGGCCAACCCUGUCAUGAGGGUCGAGUCCCUGGACCAGCUCUACGCGCAGGCGGUCCUCCUCGACCCCACCUUCCUCCUCAAGGUCCAGUCGCUCGCCGAGACCGUCGACGGCUACUUGCCAGCAUGGGAGGGUAGAGAGGGGCCCUCGUACGUGCGCUGGCGGGAGGCGGUAGCGGAUAGAUCGAUGGAGAGGCGGGUGAGGUGGGCGAGCAUCAAGAGCGCGUCGAGGGCCAUCGAGAAGGUCGUGCGGUCGUACAGCUACCAGGUCUACUGCCUCACGGACGUGGUGCGGCAGAGCCUUGUGUUCACGGGGGUAGAGGAGCUGACGGAGGGCGUGAGGGCAGUGCUGGAGGAUCCGGAGCUGGAGGUGGUGAGGAUCAAGAACAGGCUGGACGAGGCGUACGACUCGAGGCUGUCGGGGGGGUAUCGGGACGUGGCGAUCAACGUGCGGGUGGUGAACGAGGAGACGAGGAGGAAGGGGGUAGAGGGGCACGUGUGCGAGCUCAGGCUGAUCCUGAAGGAGUUUCAUGCGCUCAAGUCGAUGGAUGGGCACAAGAGGUACGUGAGAUUUCGAAACAGUAUCGGGGAGUAG